AGAGAGUUCAUAUUUUCUGAGAAAGAAAAAAUAGUUGAUAUUUUCUCCCUUUUGAAUUUAGAAUUGGGUCUCCCUUUGGUUCCUUCUUCUGAGUGAUCAUGGGUAUGCCCUGUCGUUGUUCCCAUACUUCCCACAUCACUGAAAUCAUCAUCACUAGCUUCUUUCGCCAUAAGUCUUAGAUCUUAUAAUAAUCUUCAUCCAUUCAUUCAGCUUAUAGCUAUGGCAUCUUAUUAAAAACAGAAACUAAUUCAUUCAUUUUUAGCUUUGUGAAAUAUAUAUUUAUAUAUAUAUAUAUAUGGCGGGUGGAAGUGUUUUUACAAAUGGUUCGAAUAUGAAUAUUUUGCUUCAGAAUCAACAAACUCCUCGUGGAUACACUUCUCAACCUCUUGAUUCUCUUUUCCUUUCUUCUUCUGCUCCUUUCUUUGGUUCAAGAUCUAUGUUGAGUUUUGAAGAUGUUGAUGGAGGGAAAAGGUGCAAUAGAUCAUUCUUGAACGGAUUCGAUAUGGACGAAAAUGGAGAUGAUGGAAUGGACGAAUACUUUCAUCAAUCAGAGAAGAAACGACGUCUGUCUAUAGAUCAAGUUCAAUUUCUUGAGAAAAGCUUUGAGGUAGAGAACAAGCUUGAACCAGAGAGAAAAACUAAGUUAGCAAAAGACCUUGGUUUGCAGCCACGACAAGUUGCUAUUUGGUUUCAAAAUCGCCGUGCAAGGUGGAAGACUAAACAGCUUGAGAAGGAUUAUGAAUCUCUUCAUCAUAGCUACCAGUCUCUUCAGACUGAUUAUGAUAAUCUCCUCAAAGAGAAAGAUAGGUUAAAGGCUGAGGUGGCAAGGCUAACAGAAAAGGUCGCAAGAGAGAAACAAGAGGGGAAAUUAGAUGAAUCUGAAAGUGAAAAAAAUGGAUUGAAGGAAUCAGUAAUGAAAAAGAGUAUGGUUGAUUCAGUUUCUGAGGGUGAAGGAUCCAAAGUGUCAAUUGUUGAAGCUUGUAAUAAUAAUAAUAAUAAUAAUAACAAAAUAGAAGAUAUUAGUUCAGCAAGAAGUGACAUUUUGGAUUGUGAAAGCCCGCGUUAUACGGAUGGAGUGUUAGUUAGAAAUGAUGCAUUUGAACCCGAAUAUCAAUCGGACAUAUCACAAGAUGAAGAAGAAAACUUGUUGCCUCCUUACAUCUUUACAAAACUUGAAGAUGUUAAUUACUCCAACCCACCUCAUACUUCAUCUACUUAUCAGUUUCAAGAGGAAGAAGAUCAUCAUGCUCUUUGGCCAUGGUCUUACUAGAUCAAUCCAUCUUUUUUCCUUCUCAUAUCAAUAUUAAUAGUAUAUAUAUCUUUUAAUCUUUAGUGAGUACUUGUGUGUGAGUAAUAAUGACUAAAAAAGUCAGAGCAAUGGCAAGUUGCCAACAUUUCGCUUCAUAUUUUGAAUGGUUGUGGAUCUUUUAGGACAGCAAUGGUGGUAUUUUUCCCCCAUUUUGUUACAUUGUAUAUUAUGAAGUUUUCGGUCUAAGUAAUUGAAAGAAUGAGAUAUGUUUCAGAAUAUUGUAUUUUAUUUCAAUUACCAAAGAAGUUACAAAAUGAGGUGUCAAAUAUAAGGUAAGAGUUAGUCUUCCACAA